UUGCAUGUUCUUCGGAAGAACUUCUAAUCUUGAGGAAAAGGUUCAUCAGGGAGUUCAGUUUGAUUUUAUUUAACAAAUACAAACGCCUACAAUGUGCAACUGAGCCACGCGCGGGGACGUAAAAGUGGAGUUCCCUGGUUAGUGUCUUGUGGAGUUCAGCCGGCUGGUGCACUAGAGGGGCAGGAGAGGUGGGGCACAGUGAGCGUGGAGGGGGUGCGGCUGGCAGGCUCCUGGCGAGCUUCCUGGAGGAGGCGAUGCAGGCCUAAGGCACAGGGCCAACAGCCACGAUGAGCAGAGCGUGGGGACCCGCCAUUGGGGAUGUGGAGAAAUGUUACCCUAACGAAAACAUCACGCCUUUUCACAAUGUCGGAGAAGAAAAAGGAUGAAGACAGUGGGACCAGCACCUCAAUCAGUAAAGCAAGCAAAGACGCUUCCUAUAAGCGGCAGAGCAAAGAUGGUGACUGGGACUCUUUACAAAUGAUGAAAAAGCCAAAGCAGAGCCAACUUACCCCUGUAACUGACUCAGAAGUGGCUUUGGUCAAUGCCUAUCUUGAACACAGACGAGCCAGGCGCCAUUCUCAGUUCUACCAGGUGAAUCAGAGCCAACACGAUAGUGAUACUACUGAGUGUGACAGUGAAGAAUCUAACUCGGGAGCCUCCUCGUGGAAGGAGAGUGAAAGUGAACACCAUGCAUCAUCAGCUAGUAUUAAGAAGAGAAAACUAGCUCAGAGGCAAAGGAAUGUGGGAAGUUACCAAACCAGGGAAAGGCCCUGCUUCCACUGCAAAGCCAUGAGAACCAAUGAAUGGUUGACCCGCCAUUUCCUUCAAAAUACUUCAAUAACCCACAUGAAGGGAGAUAUCCAAGAGGACAAUCGUGUACCUGACAUUAAUACAAAAUUCAGUAAAUUUUGAAUUUUAUCAAGUCCUUACCUUACUUGCAACCUGAUGAAAGAGAUGAAUAAAACAUAAAAAAAAAAAAAUCACCAGAGCUCUAGGUGCGGAGGCUUUUACAAUAAAGUCUCUCUACUAACAACAAAAGCAUAUUUGAAACCCAAGAGGUAAAACUUCAGAUAAUCCUUUGUCCAAAAACAAGCCAGAGAAUUUGUUGGAACAUCAGUGGAACAUCAAAGAUCUGCUUCUACUAUGAUUUUUUGAUUCAAAAGAGCACAAGACAUAUUUUAUUCCUUGAAUGUGUGUAGUUUAUGUCUGUAAUACACAUAAGGAAGCUCUUUGAAAAUAUAUUUACGUUCA